AUGUAUUCUGAUGAUGAAAUAGAUAAUGAUGAAACGAAUCGAAAAGAUUCUGAAUUUAAAUUGGAAAGAUUUUUGAAUCGUUCACAAUUUUAUUUUGAUCGUUUACCGAUACUUAAAACACAAUUGAAUGAUAUUAAUCGUUUUAAUCAACCAGAUUUAUAUAUUGAAAAAUUAAAUGAAAUUGACACGAUUAUUCAUGAUUUAGCAGAAAAUAUUCGUAAUAUUGAACAGUUAUAUUUACAAUUAAACGAAAACGAACGUUUCACACUUGAUCAUCAAGUUCGUCAUUUUCGUAUUGAAAUUGAUCGUGAAAUGAAUGAAUUUCAUAGACUUCGUGAACAAUAUAUAGCUCUUCCUUCAGAGAAUACUUUAUCGAUAAACGAAACAAAUGAUAAUAAUAAUAGUAGUAGUAUCGAAGAAAAUACUACAUCAAAUCAACUUCGUCAAAGACAUGUUACAACAAAUCGUCUAAAUGAUUCCUAUGAUUUACUUGAACAAGAUUUAGCUCAUUUACGUGAAGCAAUCGAUGAAGUUGCUACAAUUAUUGCACAACAAGAUAAACUAUUAUCAAGAACAGAACAAAUAAAAAAUAUAGCUCAAUAUCGUGUUCGAAAUGUAUCUUCAUUGUUUCAAAAAGCUAUUCAUAAUCGAUAUAUAACAAUAGCAUCAGGUGCGUUACUUGGUGCUACAAUCGGUGGACCGGUAGGUUUUAUGAUGGGUGCAAAAGCUGGUACAUUAGUUGCAUUAAGUGGCUCAGCUGUUGGGGCUCUUUCAAUGAAUAUCAUGCAACAAAGAGCAUCUGAAAAUGAAGAAUCUGAAUAUAAUACUACGGCUUAUAAUCAAGCUAUGCUUUGA